UCUCGGAUUAUGCACAGAUGGAUUUAGUCCAUUCGGAAUGUCAGGGAGACAAUAUUCAUUGUGGCCAGUCUUUCUUACGCCAUACAACCUGCCACCGGAGAUGUGCAUGCAACGGGAGUUGCUAUUCUUGACCAUAUUAAUACCUGGUCCGAAACAUCCUAAAAGGUCGCUGGAUGUUUUCCUGCAACCACUGAUAAAAGAGUUGAAGGAUUUGUGGUCAACAGGGGAGAGGACGUAUGACUGCUCAACGAAGACGAAUUUCACGAUGCGAGCGAUGCUUUUGUGGACCAUAAGUGACUUUCCUGCCUAUGGGAUGUUGUCGGGAUGGACUACACAUGGGAGAUUAGCUUGUCCAUAUUGUAAUGGAGCGACAGAUGCGUUUCAACUGAAGAAUGGGAGGAAGACAAGUUGGUUCGAUUGUCAUCGUAGAUUUCUUCCCAUUGGCCAUCCGUACCGAAGAAACAAGACAUUGUUUAGGCACAAAAGGGUUGUGAGAGACACUCCUCCUCCAUAUUUAACUGGAGAAGAAACUGAAAAGCAACUCGAUUACUAUGGAGUUUUGGAAACAGUUCCUCGUGGUGGUAAUUGGCAUGUUCCCCUAAUAUGCCUGAUUCUUACGGUGUUCAUCACAACUGGCACAAGAAGAGUAUAUUUUGGGAGUUGCCAUAUUGGAAGGAUCUUCUUCUGCGCCACAACCUCGAUGUGAUGCAUAUAGAGAAGAAUUUCUUUGAGAACAUCAUGAAUACAAUAUUGAAUGUCCCGGGGAAGACAAAAGACAACAUAAAAUCAAGGUUAGACUUGCCGGAUAUUUGCUCAAGAAGCGAGUUACAUAUAAACAGCAAUGGGCAAGUUCCUGUUCCGAUAUUCAGAUUGUCUUCAGAAAAAAAGUCGGUGUUGUUCAACUGGGUAGCAUCAGAAGUGAAAUUCCCCGAUGGGUAUGUUUCAAAUCUGUCUAGAUGCGUUGAAAAGGGUCAAAAAUUCUCUGGGAUGAAGAGUCAUGACUGUCAUGUCUUUAUGCAACGACUACUUCCCUUUGCUUUUGCGGAGCUACUUCCUACAAACGUACAUGAAGCACUUGCAGGCAUUGGAGCAUUUUUCAGGGAUCUGAGCACCCGCACCCUUAAAGUAGAAGUCGUGGAACAGCUUCAAGAGAACAUUCCCAUCUUAUUGUGCAACUUGGAGAAGAUAUUUCCUCCUGGGUUUUUUGACGUAAUGGAGCAUCUAGCUGUCCACCUUCCAUAUGAGGCAUUGCUUCGUGGACCUGUACAUUACGGAUGGAUGUAUCAGUAUGAGCGAGCCAUGAAAUAUUUGAAGGGAAAAGCAAAGAACCUUGCAAAGGUUGAAGGUUCUAUAAUUGCUGGAAGUUUGACGGAAGAAACUUCUCACUUCACAUCGUACUACUUUGCGUCAAAAGUACGUACUCGGAAAAGAGCUCCAAGGAGAUAUGAUGAUGGUGGUGUCGCGCCAACAUACGCAGUUGCUGGUGUUCCAGACAUCUUUAGCCAGAUUGGGCGACUGGGUGGAAAAUCAAAAGAGGUUUGGUGGUCGAGUGAAGAAGACGCUCAUAGUGCACACACCUAUAUUCUACUUAAUUGUGAGGAUCCAUUGAUUCGUUAUUUUGAAAGCCUAUUUGUUUCACAAGUCGAAGAAACAUUCCCUGGUAUAUCCACAACUGACGUAGACAAAAGGAAAGAUCAACACUUUAUAAAAUGGUUGAAGAGUCAGGUUGAUUUUGACGACGAUGCAGAUUAUCCUAAGUGGUUACAUGAAGUAAUUCAAUCUCCACAUGUAAAAGGUCACCACUUCACAGAUGUAUUUCACACGAGGCUAUACUUUUCACACAUAUGAGUAUGGUAGAC